ACGGAAAUUGUUCGGCUAACGUCUAGCCCGUAUCAUUCGAUUCGCCGUCGUUAAGGAAGAAGGUUUUUUGUUAUCUGCGAUAUGUUGUACCGGUAGAAACCUGCCCUCUUUUAUCAACUUCCGGAUCGUGUACCGUUUUUGCGUGAUUGUACACACCUGGGACAAUCGGAAGGGAGCGAGGUGCGGGACGAUCGGAACCCGGAUUAGUAUGCUGAUAGGCAGUGACAGUGGAAGGUGGAGGAGUAGUAAGCUUUAAUGUUGAGCUGUCAACGUGCGUGAAAGCAAAGUGCGGCAUCGAUAAUGGUUUCGUGCGAGAGAAACGAGAAGCAAAAAGGGUUAGUUUGAAAAUUCUUGUUCCGUUCACAGUAAAGUACUUUAGCACCCACCUAUUUUUCUACUUCGGCAACGUUUCUGCGUGUGUGUGUGCGGGUGCGUGUGGGGUUAAAGAUUCGUGCGUGCCGUGUAGUGCAAGUGGGUGCGAGCACUUUGGCGCCCAAGAGUAAAAGCACAAAUUAGAUAGUGGUUUUGCACGUACAUCACCACCACCACCACCACCACCACUACCAGCAUCAUUACCACCAUGCAUUGCACACAGCGCGGGCAACUGCGAUCGUGUUUGCUGUAUAUAUGAAACGUUCGUGACAGCUGACAGCGAUUUGCGUGAGAACGCGAGAACCCCUGCCCCCUUGCGCCCGUACUAUUUGUUCCUCUUCCUUCUUUACACACUGUGAAACCGGGCAGAGGGCAUCCGUGUGUGUGUGUGUCUGUUUGCGUGUGUUAAAGCUCCAGAAUCGAAAUCGAAAGAACUCUCAGGUCCAACGGGGCACAGCUGCCCGGUUCGGGAUUGGUGGGGAAUUUGACAACAAAAAGCAGUGUGCGUCCAAGAUUAUCUGCUGUGUUCCGGAAUUUGUUGUGUGGUUUUUGGUUGGUUGGCGAUUGGUGAUCGGCUUUAUCUCGGUGUUUUUUGGGGGUCAGAACCUGAACCGCGCCGUACCACGGACAGAGAACCGUGUGGUGAAAACGGUCCACAACGAAUUCUGUUUUCGCGCUCUCUCUCUCUCAUUGUUUUGGGCGUUCUAAUUGUAUGUGUGUAUGUGUGUGUUUAUUGUUGUGUUAUUAUUUGACCAUCAUGCGUUUGGGAUCGCCCAUUGAUAAGCAAUAGUGGUACCGGUACGAUAAGCAGCACGUUAGUGAUCGUUGUCGUUCGGUUGAAUGGUGUGCGUGCAAUAUAUGUUUUGUGAUGAUCGCGGAUAAGGUUGAUGAUUAAAAGGAAGUGCAUCAGACGAUCUACAAGCGUCUCGGUGAGCCUAUUCUUGCAAACGCAAGUCGUGCCUAGGCAUACUCAGCUGUCCGCGAUAGUAAGCUUCCUUUGGAAAGAAAAAAAUCAGAAGCUUAUCAGUGUUUGCCCUUAUCGACUGUGUGCUACCGCGCGCUCCCUCUCUCUCUCUCACUCGCUUUCCGCACGGGAGUAAUGAAGCAUUUUGAUCUUCUUUUGCUGUUGAUCAUCUAAAAAAAAAGCAUUGUGCAAAGUCGAGAACAGUUCGGUUUUCUCUGCUUUUUUUAUCCAGAUGGCAUCCACUCUCCAAAGUGGCCAUCCGCUGUGUCACGAUCAACCGAACGGAACCGGAUCCGAGCGAGCGAUUUUUAUUGUAGCAGCCAAGAAGCAGAAGCAACAAUAAUACGAAAAAAAAGCUUGCUGAAACUUUAUUCUAAGAAUUGCAAAUGUGUGAAAAAAAUGUGUAAACUGAAGAAAAAACAGUGAAAGAUAGUGAUAACAAUGUAUGAAAUAUGAUAAAAAAAUAAAACAUUUAAUAAAGUGUAAAAUGUUCGGUGUAAAAGUGUUUCAAAGUGAAAAAGGUAAAAAUGAGAUGUAAUGAAACAAUUAGAAAAAGUGCCAAACAGUAAAAUGGAGAAGAUAUAAAAAAAAUCUAAGUGUGUGUGUGUGUGAGAGAGGUGUUAAGGAAAAAUAAAAUAAAUCGUUAAGAGAUUAAAAAAGUGAAUAAUAAAACAAAGCAAGUUUUAAGUAAUUCCGCAACAUACUUCUUGUGCCUUCGUCACGAAGGAAAAUCGCUAGGGGAAAAAGGGAAGCUCCACCAGUAUGGAACCGAGCAGCACACACAAACGGGCACAUCCAACAAGUUGCCACUGGAAAAGCAGAUAAUCCUUCGUAGUACUGCGUCACAUGUGUGGCACAUGAAAUGAAUGGACUUUUUCGUACCCUUUUCCCAUCGCAUCGAGUGUUACUGCUGCCAAUGUUGUACGGUUAACAACAGUAGAAAGCAUUUUUAAGGCAGCAAUAAUACACUGCAAACGACCUUUGCCUCGUUGGAACAGUGUCAGUGUCGCGUAGUGUACUGUGUUUACAAUAAAGAAUAAAAUAACAAAAAAGGAAGAAAGUUUAACCCUUAAAGUGUUUUGGGAUAAUUGUGUCUCGACGUGUGUGGUUCCCAACGGUGUGCUUCCGCUGUUUCUACCGGACGGAGGACGGUGUUGGAAAAAUCAUACGAUAAACAAAUUCCCGCCUGGGUCUACCGCCGUACGAUCAUCACCAAAGGACUCCAAACAUUUUAAUCGGUGUAAUACAGCAGAUGCCAGGAUUUCGACCUGUCAGCCUGAACGGACCUACUCGGGCGACCAUCGUUAAUGGUAAACGAAAUCAACAUAAUGACAUGGAAAAACGGAAAUUGAACAUGCAUAUCUGUACAUUUAUUCAUCAGUAAGCAAUCGAUCCCAUCGGUCCAGACACCUGGGCUUUAUAUCGUCAAAUGUACUGAUACACAACACAAGUUUUAAUGAUUGCCUACGGUAAUUCACUGUUACGAACGCUAACGGACAGUCGUAACGGACGGUGUCAAGCAAGCGGUCAACCGAACCGGACGGUAAAGAACAUACGCAACCCUAUUCCGCUGGUGGCAACGGACUUGUAACGAGCCCUCGAAUGUACCACAAGGACGGAACCGUCGAUGUGAAGCUAUUAGCCGACCUUGGGUACAUAGCCGACCGUCUUCGGAACCUGGAACAGAAGUGGGAUUUGACAGAGCUGAAGGAUUUGCACCGGCGCAUCGUACUCAAGUUCGACGAUCCACCGACGAGCGUGCUGCGACUACGCGAAACGCUCGCACACUCUCCGACAGUGCCACCGGGGUCUCCGGAGCAGCAGAAGCAAGACGUUUCAGUGAAAGAGGAAGAUAAGACACCGUUGGUGAUUGUUGCAGAUGAACAAACUCCCAGCGUGGUAGUGGAGGAAUGUCCUGAAGGUUCUGAAGCAUCCAACGCAUUUAACUGUGUUGAAGAUGUUAAAGAUACUGAUCAAAGAAUCGCCGGGGAUGCUGGAAGUGUUGAUGAAAAAGUACACAAACUAGACCAGCUAGAGGAUCUAGUGAUCGCUUUCUACCACAGCUGUGGUCGACGCCAUUCCGGGUGUACGGUGGAAUUGCCGGGCAGUGGGAAAGCUCGCGACGGUCCCGAACAUAGCCGGGCGCGAACGAAACGUACCAAAAAGAAGCAUUCGAUCAGGAAAGUGGUAGAUCCCGCAUCGCCAUCACAUCACGAUCAGCAGCAAAGGGAGCAACCGGAUUCGGACCGUACUAUGAACCAAGGCGCCGACCUGGACCAGGAUCGGGACCAUCGCGCACGAGUUGCACCAUCGCCAGCAUCGUACGAUUCCGGUGCCGUUCCGUGCAUCGAAACAAGUCAAACAUCACAACCGUUGCGCUCGAUCCACGGCCACGACAGCUCGUACGUGCCGGGUGUGCUCGAUCGAGUGUCAACGCUCGACGACGAGGAAGAUACGGUUACGCUGACGGCGGACACGAGCAGCGAAUGCUGCAGCCAGCGAACUGUGGUAGCAUUGGUGGGCGGUGGGCCAUCUCCCGUACAUGACCCGACCGAAACGGUCGCCGGCAGCGACACCACCACCGACGACGACAACGACGAAAACGCCGAGGACGGCGAUACCGGUGGUUCCGGUGCGGAUGCAAACGAUGAAGCGGAACCGGGUGAUACGUGCACGGGACGAUCCGUGCUAGAGAAGGAUUCGUCACCCUCGUCCCGGCGCUGCUCGCUCGGUGGUGAGUUCGAAACGGAGCAGAACCGACGCCUCCGACGUCGGCUGUCCGAGCUGACAAACAACUUCUGCACACCGAAGCAAUUUCAGCAGCUGUGCGACAAUCUCGACAGCAUCACCGACAACGAUCUGAAGCUGCUUAUUAGGGAACUGAAGAGGAAGAUCGAAUUUGCCGAAAGGAUGAACUGGCUGUGUCUGUCGAGUAGACCGCGCGGUCCACCGCAUCGGAAAACUAGCCUACCAAAGCAUACGGACGUGAAGAAGCGCUUUCUGGAAACGUGCGACACGACGCUAUCGGAUGAGGUGAAGGCCGCCCUCCGGCUGCCAGCGUUCGAUUCGUACGAAUGGGAAGACUGGGACGUGAUCCACCUGAUGCAGACGAUGUUUGUCGAGCUGAAUUUGCUGGAAAAGUUUAACAUACCGAUCGAGACGCUGCGCGAGUGGCUGUACGAGGUGUACAAGCACUACAACGAUGUACCGUUUCACAACUAUCGGCACUGCUUCUGUGUCGCCCAGAUGAUGUACGCCAUCGCAUGGCACACGAAUCUGGUGCAGCGGCUAGGAGAGCUGGAGGUGUUGGUGUUGCUGGUGUCCUGCAUCUGUCACGAUUUGGACCAUCCCGGUUACAACAAUAUCUAUCAGAUUAAUGCACGAACCGAGCUGGCGUUGAGGUACAAUGACAUUUCACCGCUGGAAAACCAUCACUGCUCGAUCGCGUUUCGAUUGCUGGAGCACCCGGAAUGCAACAUAUUUCGCAACAUGAGCAAGGACAUGUACAAGGAUGUACGCGAGGGAAUUAUCCGGUGCAUAUUGGCCACCGAUAUGGCCCGACAUAACGAAAUCCUUACGCAAUUUCAAGAGGCUACACCCGAAUUCGACUACAGCAACAAGGUUCAUACGAAUUUGCUCUGCAUGGUAUUGAUCAAGGUGGCGGAUAUUUCGAACGAAGCGCGACCGAUGGAUGUUGCAGAACCAUGGGUUGAUCGACUGUUGCAAGAAUUCUUCGCACAGAGCGCAGCGGAAAAGUCCGAAGGUCUACCAGUGACACCCUUUAUGGAUCCGGACAAAGUGUCUAAACCCGGCAGCCAGGUCCGGUUCAUCGGUCUCGUACUGUUGCCCUUAUUCGAAGCCCUUGGUGAACUGUUGCCGGAACUAACAGAUCUUAUCAUCACUCCGGUGAAGGUCGCGCUCGAUUACUAUCGACGCCUGAACGAUGCUGCGAACAAGACACGGCGAUCGAUCGCCGAAGCGGAAGCCGCUUCGUCCGAGAGUGGUGGCUCACCGCAACUGCCACGGUCCCAGUCCGGCAUCAGUGUUAAAUCGCGACGUAGUAUUCCCUCGCAAAAAUCCGCAUCUCGCACGUCUGUUGAUGAGCCUAUUUUAAUUGCAGCCGAACUGCACGAUCUACCGGAGGGCAGCGAAAGUGGUGACUCCGAGACGGCCACCGAAGUCGACGUGGCGGAAAAAACGUCCAAGUUCAAGGUGGAUACGGAAAGCAUCCACCGUAAACAGUCGCACCCGAACUCCCGGAAGGGUAGCCGCGAGAAACGCCCGUCAAUGAUCGGUGAAUACUACACCACAGGUACGCGCACCCGUGGUUCCCACGGCAACAUACAGCAUACUAAUAAUCGCACGUAUUUUGGUUCGAAUCGCGCCAUUAGCCUAGACCAGUACAGUAACAACCGGCGCAUGUCCGACGGUGUCCCGAUACAGACGGUCCACUCAGACAACAGUGUGCUGUACUACCACCAUCAGCGGCAGCACCGUAGCCUCGAUCACGACACCAUGUAUUCGUCCUCGGACAAAAGCACCAGCCUGAACAGCACACACGAUACAGCACCGGCAGCAGCCGACACGGCUGCCCAGCACGUACCACCACCGACGGGGAAGCAACGAUUGGGCAAGCUGUUCGGGAGUGGCAGCCCGGUUGCUGCUGCAUCGGGUGCGGUGGCAAAUUUGAAAAAUAACAACAACGGUGGAACGGCCGGAACAUCGAGUAGUAGUAGUGGCGCUGGGAAACACUUUUGCCGAAUGUUAAGCUUUAAUCAGCAGCAAAAGCUGGACAAGCUGCGCAACAACAACAACAGCCAGAACAAAAACAACAACAACAACAGCAGCAGCAACAGUGCCGAAGGCAACGGCAACAACAAUAAUAAUAAUAAUAACAAUAACAAUAGCAUUAGCAACAAUAAGAACACAAACAGUGCGGCCAACAGUCUCGCAAAGCAUCUCGAUGGGCGUGAAGUUUUUUUGGCCGGAUCGCCAGGAAUGUAUCCGCCGGGGCCGGGCUGUCCUGCUGGUGGUGGUGGUGAUGGUGGAAUCGAUGGGACCAUUUCCGGGAGUGUCGGAGGCGGCGGCGGUAAUGUUGAUGAUGGCGGAAGCGGCGUAAAGGGUGGCAAUGGUAAUGGCAGCAGUAAUGGGACGGCGAACCGUACAGCGACCACAUCAUCGUCCUCAGCGUCUACCGGUUCGAAAUCGUUCCUGUCCCGGUUGCGCCAGCUAACAGGCCGGUUAAGCUUCAACUUUGACUCGCGGGAAUCGAAAAAGUUGCAGCUGUUAGCCGGUAAUGCUCCCGACCGCAUGAAACCAGCCGGUGUGCCAAAGCGGGACCAUCGUCUAGAGAAGUCACGCACGGUCGAUGUGGGAGAUCUCGGACCGGUGGCGAUUUGUGGCGAUAGUACAAUGACUGGCCAACAGCCAGCUAGUGUUAGUAGUUCGCUGAUGCAUCAUCAUCAUCAGCAGCAUCAGCAUCAGCAGCAGCAGCAGAAACACCAACAUCACACGAUUGGACUCGUACCAGGUGAGUCCUUCUACGGUGGAGGACCGCCGGUGGUAAUGAACCAACCGAAAUCAAUUUCCCCCAUCCUCAUGCAGCACCGUCACAGUGAGGUGUUGGGUUUGGGUGGACCAGCGGGUGCAGCGGCCCGUAGCCGUGCCUACAGUCUGGAUGUGCCGAUCGGAGGACGUCACUGUUGUCGCAGUCUGAGCGGUAGUACGACCGGUGGCGGUGCGGGAUCUAGUUGCGGCGGUAGCCACAAAAGUCUCACCUUUUCGCUCAACAAUCGCUCCCUGACGGAGGACAACGAUGGUGGCAGUCUGGCGCUCGUGUCCAGUGAUCGUAAAUCGGGCUUAGGACCGCUGCGCAAUGGGACCGAUAACUCGCUGCUGCUGCUAACGGACGAUCCGUCCUCUUCUGUGGCAGCCGUCACCGGAGGCGAUGGUAAUGCACCAUCUGGUGAAACCAUUUGACAACAACAGCAACUCCAGCAGCAGCAACACCAUCUGCUACGACACGCGAAUUCUUCAUACGAACCGUCGCUGCAAGGCAUUUUGCUCACCUCAACCUCACUGCAGGCAGAUUCACCGCAGUCACAGCAUCUCGGCCCGGCACGCACAUCGAUGGAUUCGGAACGGAGAGCACCGUUCGCCGAGUCGGAAUCCAUCUCCUCCAAGCACACGUCCGCACUGGUGAGCUACUGGAUUUGUUUAACCGAGCGUAUGAGUUCCCUGAUCUGCAAAUGUUGCGAACGUACGUUACCGCCGGCGGAAAGCGUCUAGUGUCUACCGACGUAGUUGCUCACAACGGACGAACGGGUGAGUUUUACCGGUGAAUGCAAGUGUGGGAAGAGCUGGAUUGGUAUAAUCUAAAGAUACGUGGGGCAGACAAUUCGCUGGCAUGUUCAUUGCGUUAUCAGUUUGCUUUUUUAUUUCUAAACGGUCCAAAUUUAAACUGUCUACUGUUUAUUGUUUUCAUAUUAUUUUAACUUUUGUUAUGUUUUCUUUGCAAUUUUGAUUUUCUCUCUUUGAAGAGUGAUUUACAUCACAAAAAUUAUUGUUUUAUUAACAUUGACUUAUGGUUUUUAACACGCGAGCUUAAUUCAUAUAGAAAAAUUAAUAGCGAAAAUUAGAACGUUAAACAAUGUUAGCUUUUAGAACGGAACAUGCCAAAAAUUAAGGAACAAUACAACAGAUAAAUAUAGAAGAAAUUAAAACCGGUGUGAUUAGAAACAAAAAAAAAAGGAAAACCUUAAAAACGGAAUAUAAACCCCGGAUAUCUAAACUGAAAGGAGGAUUAAAGAAAAACACAAACGAUUGUAUGAAUGUGCACACAUGCACUAGUUUCAUUUCGCAUAUGGAAAUACUCUCCCCCACAAUGUCACUACCCUCACGAGACAAUGGAAAACAAACUCUAGGAACAGAUCUGCUAAUGAAAACAUAUCACUAAACGUACCAAAUUCGAUCCAAAAUAAUUACUACAUGCGUUCCCCAUUUUUCUACCACGAUGCAAUCUACGCAACAAACGAUCUUUGAAAACCUUUUUCUACCGAGCAUAAUUUUACAACCACAAACAAGUAAACGAUAAAACAAAAAUAUGCACAUGUAAGCAGUGACCGUAGUGAAACGUGUCCAACGGUUCUAGCGGAAAACCAAAUGCGUUCCUUUGUACAGUUUUGGAUGGCAGAUAUGAAAGAGCUUUGAACUAAACAUUAGAUUCGGUGGCAGCAUAUGCUGGUACAACACAGCGAACAACCAUAGCAAACCUAUAGACAACACAAGCAGAAAGCAGAAAGCAGAAGUUACAGACAACAUGCGCCUAAAAAGCAAAAAGUUUAAACACACUCUCUUCGUUCGAUGUUACUUUCGCACGCUUUAAAUGUACUGCUCGGUGGCAGGAAAAAAAGUAAAAAGAAUACGGUCACGAAAAUACAUACCUACAGCUACAUUUGCGCCUUUUGAAGAUGCAGAAAAACUUUUCCAUCGCUCGUCGCCUAAAGCUCGCUAACGCCAAAAAGCUGCUGAGCUGCUUCAGAUUUCUGCAAUCUUUCACGCUAUUAUACGUACAUAAUUUAUGCAAACGGUUUACCAAAUUAUCAUAAUUGUUGCUGCUACUGACAGAAAGCUGCGCUGAGUUAGGAGCACAGAAAAAACACAAGAAAAGUGUAACCAAACAGAAAGGAAAAAAAAACAUAAUAGUAAAGAGCAAGCUCGUUAUUACAGUCGUGAAAAGGAAGAAAAAGAUGUUUUAAGAAAACACAUUAAACAAAACACAUCACAUCCAACACACACGCACGCGAACACGACACAAAACAAUACAACGUUAUAAACGUAAAGCAGAAUUUAAAACCCAAUUUGUAGUAUGGCGUUAGAGUACGACAGCUAUAGAUAUUUGAUAUUAUUAGAACUGAUUAACAAUCAUGUUGCAGGCGACAUUAUAAAUAAUAAUAAAUUCACAACCAAACUGUCUACUCAAUGCUCAUUGUCUAACGAACUGUUACUGUAUGUACGUGUGGGUGUGUGUGUACGCGUGUGUGCAUGUAAGAGGAUAAAAAAUGCAGGACCGUUAAACCACAAGUAAAAAAAAACCCAAUAGUGUUCGCCAGCUUGGGGCUGUUGUGGCCAAGAGUUAGUGAAAACAAUAACGGUAGUAAUAGACUAAAAUCAAUUUGUUGUUUCACUAGUUAUCGAGCGUAGUAAAAAGAGACAUUUAAUCGUGCAGACUAAACAUAGCUGAACAGAAAACAAAAAAACACAGAAAAAGUAAACGAAACAGUGAAACCAUACUAUCAUCAUUGAUAAACAAAACAAGUUAAAUUGUUGCUCUCUAAUUGCAUUGUCUCAUACACCAUUCCUGCACCAUAUUUGUUGGAACAUGAAAUUGGUUGUUUUAUUGUUUGCUUUCUGUCAAAUACUUUUUUUUGUUGUAGUAUUUAUUUUCUUCUGUUCGUAGCUUUUGUUUCCUUUUUUGUAAAACUAUUUUAUUACACUUAUAACACAUUUGGAAACAAAAGAGUACUAAACAAAAUAAGGAAAAACAAAACAAGAAAGAGCCUAUUUAAUGUGAAAGCUGUGGCUGUGUGACGUCAAACAGGAAGUGCUACCCCACCUGACUGAUAUUCUUCUUCUUCCCACCUCUCCCGCUUUAUCACACCAGGUGCAAUUAGAGUACGCAUUAAGAAGAAAUUAAGAGAAAGAGAUAAAAAAGUUGAACGUAACAUAUAAAACUGUCAUGUAAAAGUCAGGUCCUAACUGUGCGUGUGUGUAGUAAGACACAAAUCGAAGAAGAAAACAAAACAGAUAUUUAAAACAAAGCAACUGGUAAGAAGCAGAAAAAAAUGCUAGCGCUAAAAUGUAACCAUUAUAACGAUAAUCUUUGUCAUUUCCGACAUUUCGGUACGAAACAAACCGAAACAACAGAAGAAAAAAGAAAGAGCAAAACAACAAACGAUAACAAUCAAUGCAUUUCCAUCAAACGUGUCCCUCCCUUAUGCCCUCGCUACAAAUUGUGUGUGUGUGUUUCACCCGCUUGGUGCCACUUUUCUAACCGGGCCAAGUGUUUGCAGUAAGCCACAUGCCACGAAAGGGUAGUAAAGGCGCUGCGAAAAAGGGCACAGGCACGGUGUAGUUUAGGAUCUCAAAAAAUGUCAAAUUAGUGUAACGUCAAAUUUGAAUGCAGUUUUUCCCCCCAAAAGUGUUGCAAGUGUCGAAACUACUUUUGAUCUAGUAAGCGUGGUAGAACGAACGAAACGGAACGACGAUCUUUACAUACUUUUUAGCAAAAACAGGAAGGACACGGUACAUGUCACAUUACACUGCGAUUCGAAGGAUCGGUUCGUUGAAGAAGGCAGCGGAUUGUUAGGCGUGAUACAUAAUGUGCCAUUAGCAAAGGCUCGGAAAAUUCUUGGCCACUCCAAAUAAAGAAUUGAUCGCAAAUGGAGGGCAACAACUAGAUUCGAUAAAACAGUCAAUCGAAAGGAAAUGUGCGUGAGUUUAGAGGAAAAAAAAAUUAUGAAGUUCGUUUGUGCAUGAACUCGUCCCUGUCCGUGUCCUGGUGUCAUGGUGUGGUGGUGGUGGUGACUUUUUGAAAAUGGACCAAUAGAAGCAGCUAAACUCUUGUUACGAUAUUACGAGCAUAAACCCAAGAACAAAACCCAACUUCUACCCCCCAAAAACUGAAAGGCGAUGAUGAGAUCAAUAUACACGGCAAACAUAGAUAUAAAUUGAUAUUUAGCCAAACUAUGAGGCAAAAAGCGCUCUGCGGCUGCGGACAAACAUGUAGCGGAUGUAAAUAUGCGAACAGAGGAAACAAAAAUCUCUCUCUCUAUCAGAACAUUCACCUUGUACGGGCCACCGGAUGAUAUGAUGGUGGUUUAGUGAAUUUAGUGUGUCAUAAUUGUAAUCACGUUUGUAAAUGUGUAUAUGUAUGUGUGUGUGUGUGUGUAAGUGUGUGAGUGUAUUCUUGAGAGCACCACCAAGCUCUAGCGUUACGUUUUCAGUGCUAGGAGUGCGCCACGUUCCACUAAAAGCUCUGCGGCUCCGAAGCGCGCAGUAGUAGUUCAAUUGUGAAGAAAUAAAAGCGUUUCAUUCAAAACCCGCGCAGCGUGGUACGGAGAGUGUAAUGCAAGUAUGGGUAACUUGUAAGAAUCCUCAGUGCGCACAUAACGUAUCCCACACGCCAGCCAAAUAUGUUGAAGAAAAAAGAACGAUUAGUAAACGAUAAGUUGCACAAUGUUGAUGGAGAGGAAGAAGAAAAAAAAUAAAAACCCAUACACACGUGGACACGUGCGCACCCAUAGACACGAACGUGCCCACAUCAUCAUCCAGAAGCACUUGCGGGCUGGGCCCGAUCUUGCUUGUAUAAGAAGGGAAAACGAACGAUCCUUUUUCCAAUUUAUCUGGGUACGUGCGCCAUGUCCAUAUGGAGGUGCACGCGUGUACCUGUGCGUAUGUGUGUUUCUCUGUGUGUAUGUGUGUUUAGCACAAGGUGCUUGGAGUUGUUACUAAAUAGAAGAGAGCAAAGUGACUCUACUGUAAAGACUAUCACACUAUCUAUCGCUACGGACACAUAUACACUACUGUCAAACAGAAUAAAUUAAUUAGGGGGUAAAUGGAAAGGCACCAGCAAUCCUCCCUCCCCCACCAAACGGAACCGUUGUGGAUCAUUGGUGUGGUACGGGAUGAAAGGGAGAGGUAUGGGGAGGGUUGGAGGGGUUGAUAUAUUACAAGGUAUAUUACAAGUGGACGAUACAAGAUGUGUACACGGUUCCAGGGAAAAGGGACUAAUUAGCAAACAUAUUGAAUCCUGAAACUGGAAUGGAACUAUCGAGAGAAAAUAAAAUCUAUAGAUGUAAUAUAAAAGCAAUAA